CCUGCAUGCGGAGAGGAAACUGCUGCCCCCUCUGGGAUUUGGCAUCAUAAUUAUAUAGGAAGCAGAGCAGUCUGCUGUCUGUUGGAGCUGGGGAGGCUGCAGGCUGGGCACACAUGUCCGCUAAUGUGCAGAGAACGACUGGUCGUAACAUGGACGAGGUUCUGUCAUUCUGACAUUGUUGGGAAGAAUACAAAGAGGAAGCAGCAAUGUCGGAGAAGAAGCCACGAGCCUCAGACACACGUCCCAAAUGUGGCCUCCGCAGCUGGAGCGCAGACAGUUAUAUCUGGAGGGGAAAGAAACGCUCCCGGAGCUCUCGGAGCGGCGGGUUGAGUCCAGGAGGGCUCGAGGCGGAGGGGACAGAGGAGCUGGGUGUACGGUCAACAUCCUGUCCAAGGCGGCGGAGAGAGAGAAAGUGUAGCUGCAGCACUCUUGGGGAUGCUUUGACGUCUGCAGACAUUGAUGUGGUGUGUCGGAAGGCCUUGAGCCGGCGCUCUUUACGGCAGAAGUUCCAGGAUGCUGUGGGCCAGUGUUUUCCUCUGCGCUCUCAUCAUCACCAUCAUCAUCAUCAUCAUCAUCACCACCAUCCACCAGGCUCCUCACGACCCUUCUCUGUGCUCUUCUGGUCCAAACGCAAGAUCCAUGUCUCGGAGCUCAUGCAGGACAAGUGUCCCUUCUCACCAAAAUCUGAACUGGCCCGAUGCUGGCACCUUAUAAAAAAUCAUGCCACUCACCCAAAUUCUCUCAAGGAGAUGGAGGCUCCCCUGAAACCCAACGUCUCAUCAUCCUCUACCUCACCCCCACAGACACCUCUCUCCUGGGACGACAUCUGCUGCUCCCCAGGGCCUGGAAGCACCAGUCUGGAGGACUGGGACCCUUCUUGUCCUAAUGGGGGAGCAGAGGGCAGCUGCGGCGACACUGACUACAUCUUGGUCCCAGAUCUUCUCCAGAUCAACAACAGCCCCUCUUACUGGGGUGUGUUGAACCGCUUUGAGGCUGAGGAGCUCCUGGAGGGCCAACCAGAGGGAACAUUCCUGCUCCGAGACUCUGCCCAGGAUGAGUUCCUCUUCUCAGUCAGCUUCCGCCGCUACAGCCGCUCCCUGCAUGCUCGCAUUGAGCAGAACGGCAAGCGCUUCAGCUUUGACGUGCAUGACCCGUGUAUGUACAGGGAUCCCAGCGUGACAGGACUGCUGAGACACUACAGUGACCCGGCCACCUGCCUCUUCUUUGAGCCGCUGCUUUCCCGACCGCUGCUAAGGACCUUUCCUUUCUCCCUCCAGCACCUGUGCAGGGCUGCGAUAUGUGGCAGCACCACAUACCAGGGCAUAAACACCCUCCCACUGCCACCACAGCUCAGGGACUACCUCAGGCAGUACCACAUUAAAUGUGAGGGGGCCUGCGCUGUGUGAUGGAAAGAACACGCAUCAUCAUACCAUGGGAGGCAAAGAUUGAACAAGGCAAAGGCAACUUCUUUUGGCCAAUAAGCAAAAAUAUUGCCAUUAAAUUCCAAUGAGCUUUGCUGUUGCUAACCUUUUACGCCUAAAUGGUGCAGAACUGGAGCCUUAAAGAUGUUUCCACUGCAUCAAGAGAUAGAACAACCAAACCUGGAAAGGUUCAUUGGCCUUCUGUCUGUCACAUGGGUACUAAGGGAUACUUUGAACCUCCUAUUUAGGUUUUCCUCUCUUGGCCAUAUUGACAUUAACUGGAGCCAAGGUCACACUAUGAGACACCUGUAAUAAAUCUGCCUUAAUGGAGUGGAAAAGCCAAGACAUUAAACUUUAACCGUCACAUUCUGUGGAAUAUUGACUCUUGGAGUUGGAGCACUUUCCAUUUGACAUCAACUCAAUCAGAGUUGUCUAGUAUGGCAUAUGGUAACUCUAGCGGCCACUAGAGGAACUGCACCUUUCACGGCACCUGGCUGAGGCCAAAUAACAUUCAUGUGAUGCUUUGCUAUUGCACCGUCCUGCACACAACCAAUACUACUGAGGGUUAGAGGAACAGAGACUCCAACUGCAUCUACUAAUAUGCAAUAUAUCAUAAAUUCAUAUGUCGUAGUCUAUCAUAUCCACUCAUCCAUUCAAUAGCAUUACCCAUUAAUCCUUAAGAUAUCUGUCUCUCAUGUGGAACUCAUCCAACUGUGCUGCCUUCUUCUCUGCAUCCACACGAUGGCAGCAUAAGUGCACUGAUGAGAGGUUUGGUCACUUCUUUCUUUUUCACUCUACAGCUGCGUCUUUGUCCAUCAUGGCUGAUAAUUCCUCUGUAAACUGGCAUUUUAACAUCAGUUGUGCCUCUACAGUAUUAUCAUUGGAAAAACUGUGGAAUAGAGAACAGUUCACUAUAAGCACUAUAUCCUAAAACCACCUGAAUCACUGUGAUGCCCUCUUGUCUCCAUGCAUAUAUUGUAUUCACCCCACUGAUGCAAAAAACAAUAAAUGUCAUUUA